AUGCCGUUGGCGAUCCCAGUUGUGUCCGGAAUUGGAAAAACCACCUUAAUCCAUAAAGCAUCUGAAGCUUUAAAGUCAUCUGGUACCCCCAUUGAUGGCUUUUACACAGAAGAAGUUAGACAAGGAGGCAAGAGAAUAGGAUUUGAUGUUGUUACUUUAUCUGGAAAACAUGGAAUUUUAGCAAGAAUUGGAAUUGGUCAGUCUGAUGGGAAACAUGAAUACAGAGUUGGCCAGUAUGUUGUGGAUAUUAGUUCAUUUGAGGAUUUUGUACUUCCGACACUGGACUGCAUGCUGAAAAAUGGAAAUUCAGCACAAAAGUCUGUAUGCGUCAUCGAUGAAAUUGGAAAAAUGGAGCUCUUUAGUCAGAAAUUAAUUUUUGUUGUCCAUAAAAUUUUUGCUUCUUCAAAUGCUGUAGUGUUUGGAACCAUCCCAGUACCAAAAGGAAAACCGCUUCCACUUGUUGAAGAAAUUAGACAUCGUCAGGAUGUUAAAGUGCUUAACAUUACAAAAGAAAACAGAGAUACCAUGUUGCAAGAAAUAGUGACCACAAUACGGAACUGCAUAUAGGAAGAUGAGAAGAAAGCCUAAUGUGUGGU